UGGGAUCUCAUUCAACCUUACGAGCAGAAGGAUGUGAAGGAGGCACAAAUUGCAAAACUUUCCAAGAAACUACCAAAUCUAGACCCAGAAAAACAAAUGGUGUAUAUGUCGUGUACAGCUGCCCAGACUUGCCAGAGAUAUGGCUACAUCACUGGAGACUUAGACAGCUUAAUCGCUGGUAUACGCAACCUUUUAGUGUCUGCAAUGCAAAACAAGCUGGAAAUGAACUAUAGGUAUGUUGCAAGGUCUGGGAAGAAAACUGGCCUGGCGAUCUGCCUCAAAAUAUCGCAUCUGAUACUUACACUUGUCAGUACUUGUGAACACGUUAGAGACACUUAAGACCCCCUUCCCCCAACACCGGGGGCAAAUUGCACCAACGAAGUAACAUCGUUUUUUUAUAUUAUUAUUCAACAGAUGGCUAGAGGACUUCCUUUUUCAUGUCUCCCGUCAAGUCAAAAUAGUUAUUAGAUCAACAAAACUGUCGCACCGACAAACAGAGGAAGAUAUGUCAAGGGUAAAGAGGAGGAUGGAAGAACUGAAAGAAUCUCAGCAGCGUAAAUUUGACGAGCUUAGUGAAUAUCAGUCAGACAUCCUAAAGGAUAUCAUUGCAAAGCUGGUAGAGUACCUCCAAUCCGAAGAGACGGUCAAGAAGUUUUGCGAAUGGUCCCCUGAUGAGGCACCUGAGGUUAAAGAAACCUGGCAGCAGACGAAGGAUGAAGUUCUAAAAUGCAUUUCAAAGAGAACCCAGCAGUUUGUUCAGAACUGGGAGGACGAAACGCACGAAUUUGCGAAUGCUCAGAAUUCACUCGCUAAAUUUUGCUGUGAAAAGUACGAUAUCAUGGAAAAAGAAAUUCUUCAAGUGGGAGAAUACGUCCUUUUGGGCGCAGACGACGCAGACAUCACACAGGAAGAGGAUGCAACUGAAACACCUUCUCGGGCAAAAUCACGAAAAGUUACCGAGGAUACCACUCCAAUCUGGUUCAGACAAGGGCUAGCACCAGUUGUUGUUGGAUCUCCAAUUAAAACGCUUGGUUUGUUCAAGACUGUCAAGAAGACGUUUCAUUAUAGAGGCAAGCGGGAGAGGUAUCAAGAAGACCCAUCUGCUUACAUGUCAAAGAGAUCAGAGAAAUGCCUUGCACUGAUUGGUAACCAAGAUCGACUAUUGCCUUUUAUCAAGGAACAGCUGAAAGAUGCCGUUCAGUGCCUGAGAAAAAUCAAGUAUAAAAUUCCCAAGCUACUGGAAGGUGAUAACAAGUUAUACCAAAAGCUACUUGACGAUGAUAGAAGUAAGGCUGAGAUUGACGAAAUCUACAAACCUUUGGCUAGGCAGGCAAAAUUGUUGAGGGGCGAACUAACCGUCUUUAGUCUCAGGGAAAUGGGAAAGUCGGACUUUACCAGAGAUGAGUUGAAAUGGGAUGAACAUCGGCAGUCAAUCAUAGGAAGAGGAACUUUCUCGACGGUGUACAAAGGAAUCCUUAGUCAGAGUGGAAAACCAGAAGUAAAAGUGGCCAUAAAAGAGUAUAUACAUCCUCUGAGUGCCAGCAACGUGUUGCAUUUUGUUGAUGAGGAAAAAGCUUUAAGGUUUGUUUUAAACGAAGAUUACUAUUCCGUAACCUUUAGCUAACUAAUGGUUUUCGCAAGCGUAAUUUGGGGGGCGAUCAAUGUACAAAAUACCCUGCGAGCAGAGGCUCUUCGAUCUUCCUAGCUAGGAAGAUCGAAGGGUAUGUAAAAAAUAGAAAUAGCCCUCAUCCUAUAUGACUCGACUAUAACCCUAGGGCUAAUUCUUGCAGUGCUCCACUUUUGGUGCCACCGCCAAUCUGACCAAAUAACGGUAAGUAAUCAGUUAUUUCCUUUUUCAAUAUCAUGAUUUGAGGCGUGAACUUAAAGGUUCAUCCUUUUAGCGCAAUUGGAAACUAGCUCGUUUUUUCCUUACACUUCGGUUAGUUAUAAACUUACGGGACAAAUAAGGCCAAGGAGCUUACCUAUUCGAUUGAAUGAAAAUCUUGCUCAUUGCUAGCAAUGAAUAGGCCGCAUGCUAAUAAAGACUGUACAAAAUAUAUGUCCUGAUAAGGGAAGAUUUUUCUAUGUUUAUGAAACUGUCUGGACUAAACUGUUUCUAUUUUGGUUUACUUUUUGUAAAGAGAGUUGCAACACCCUGGCAUCGUAGAAUAUUUUGGAACCUGUCUUCUGCACGAAACACAUGGCACUACAGUAACCAUUGUUUUGGAGCUGUGUGACUGCUCCCUCAGAGAACUAGUGACAUCCCAUCCGGAGAAUGCUCCUGCUAGACUUUCCCAUGAAUCAAGAAGGAAAAUAUUCCUAAACUGGGCUCUGCAGGUCUUGGAUGCCUUACGAUAUAUUCACAGUAAACGAUUUGUACACAGAGAUUUGAAACUGGAUAAUUUACUGGUAAGUUAG